CCAUUUUAAGGGUGAGUUGCUACGGAAGAAGGUCAUAAAACCACCAGAGAACACCGUGUAGAAAUAACUGUAUCCAAUUUCAGGACUCUUGACAACGUGUUUGCAGGGAUGCGGCAGUCGAAGCGAAUGCGCUCCCCGGGCGGCUGGCUCUCCGAGUACAGCUGGGAGGAGAAGUGGGAAGUCCGCAAGCGCCAGAAGAGAGACUCGCACAGCAGCGAGAGAGAGAACAGAUCGAGGAGACACCAUCACCACCACCACUUCAGAACCUACGAAGGGCAUUACCUGGAGGCGAAAACCCUGAACGAGAGGCUGGAUUGCAAAGAGCGGAGAGGCCGUGAGGCCAGUUUGGAGCUGGUGGAGUACGGAGAGGACGGCCGGGGGCAGCACUGCCGGGAACGGGAGCAUGACCGGGACUGGCACCAUUACAGCAAGUCCUCCGGGCGCAGCGGGCGGAGUCGCCGGAGCAGUCAUGACCGUUACCACGCGCGACACCAGAGCCCCUCAAACCACCGCUCUGACUCGAGGAAUCAUCGCAGGAAAAGAUCCAGGAGUUUUGAGGAUGAUGAGGAGGGUCACCUGAUCUAUCACAGUGGACACAUGCUGAGAGCAAGAUAUGAAAUUGUGUGCACGUUAGGGGAGGGCGCCUUUGGAAAAGUGGUGGAGUGCAUUGAUCAUGCAAAGGGUGGUCUUCGAGUUGCUCUGAAGAUCAUUAAAAAUCUUGAGCGCUAUCGGGAAGCAGCCAUGUCCGAAGUGGAGGUUCUGGAGCAGGUGAACUCGCUCGACUGUGACCGGAGAUUUGCCUGCGUGCGGAUGCUGGACUGGUUCAAUCACCACGGCCACAUCUGCAUCGUGUUCGAGCUUCUGGGCCUCAGCACCUUCGACUUCCUGAAAGAGAACGGGUUCCAGCCCUUCUCUGUGAGCCAGAUCCGUCAUAUGGCGCACCAGAUCUUCAGGGCUGUGCGAUUCCUCCAUCAGAACAAGCUGACUCACACGGACCUGAAGCCUGAGAAUAUUCUCUUUGUGAAUUCAGACUACCAUAUGGAAUACAAUCCCAAAAUGAAACGAGAUGAGAGAACCUUGAAGAACCCGGAUGUGAAGGUGGUGGAUUUUGGCAACGCCACCUAUGACCACGAGCACCACACCUCUGUGGUGUCCACCAGGCAUUACAGAGCACCUGAGGUCAUCCUCGAACUGGGAUGGAAUCAGGCCUGUGACGUGUGGAGUCUGGGCUGCAUUUUGGUUGAGUAUUACCUCGGCCUAACACUCUUCCAGACACACGACAGUAAGGAGCACCUGGCCAUGAUGGAGCGAGUUCUGGGACCCAUUCCGACCCACCUGCUGCAGAAAACCAGGAAGCGGCGGUACGUCCAUCAGGAGCGGCUGGACUGGGACGAGCACACCUCCUCUGGGAGAUACGUGAGGAAGCACUGCAAACCCCUCAAGCAAUACAUGUCCUCAAAGAUCUCGGAGCAUGAGCAGCUGUUUGACCUCAUCCACAAGAUGCUGGAGUAUGAUGUGUCCAAGCGGAUUACUCUGGACGAGGCGCUUAAGCACCCUUUCUUCGAUUCCUUGAAGAAAGGGAAGAAGUGACCAAUGGCUGGACCUGGCCUGGCCUUCAUGUGCUCUCCAGGGGAGAUAUCUACAGACUGCAUCAGUCCGCUUUGCGUUUACCUUUACGUUCACCUAGUGUUAACUUAUGCUCCGUGUAAAAACACUGUA